AUGGCUACUCACGAGCCUUCUAGACACCUCUCAAAGGCUCUUUCGCGGGCUCUGACAACGACGAAACGAUCGCACUAUACUGUCUUCCGGCGCAAUGCCUCCAAGCAGGCCGCCACUGCACCGGCCACGGUUGAACCAGCGUCUUCUCUAGCAGCAACGGUCCCAGAGUCAAUCGUCAAAUCAUUCGACCCCAUUGCGCGAGCAGCAGCGCGUAAAACGAAACUUCCCAGAAGUCGAUACCAAUUCCGCUCUCCCAAAUAUGACCGAGGCCCUCUUCACCCUCACCGACCUCCUCCCCCCUCAGACCCCUCUUCGCGAUUAUUCGUUCCCGGUCCUUUCACUCUUCCUCGCGUGCAACAGACCUACGAGUCCACAAUAGCAUCCGACAUUCUAACGCUUUGCUACGUCCACCGACCCCCAGGAUUCCAACCACCGGUGAAAGCGCCUCGACUACGUCCAUGGGAUGGCAGCUCGCCGUAUCACAAAAACAGACCUCUCCGCGGUCCCCGUGGUGGCGACGUCUUGCGGCUCCUCCGCAAGCCCAUCACAUUUAACAACAUCCCGAGAGUUGAACGCAUCACCAUCCACAGCUAUGUGAAACGUGCGGCGACAGAUGGCUCGCAAUGGCUGCAUGUCGCCGGUAUGGCUGUGCAAGCCAUAUCGAAUGUGCGCGUUGAAACAUUCAAGUCCAAAACUAGUGUUUCACCUUGGGGCAUUGUUCCAGGACGAGACACCGUGGCCGUGAAGGCUGAGCUGUACAAUGAAAACAUGCAGCAUUUCCUCGGGAAGUUAGUUGAAAUUGUUCUUCCCAAAAUCAAGGAGUGGAAGGGUGUCCAGGGUACCAGUGGUGAUAGUAGUGGGAACAUCACGUUCGGGUUGCAGCCAGAGGAGGUGGCUCUAUUUCCAGAGAUAGAAGUCAACUAUGACAUGUACCCUGCCAAGAUGAUUCCCGGUUGCCACAUCACUCUACACACGUCUGCCACUACAGACAAAGAUGCAAGACUUCUCUUGAGCGCAUUGGGCAUUCCAUUCCAGGGCAAGUUCGUCGACUAG